AAGCAUUUCGUUGUGACAAGUUAAACGACGACAUUUUGCCCAUUUUCGUUGCAGAUUUGGCCACUGAACUCUAUCAUUUAGACACUGUGUCCCUCUCUCACCCGCUAUCCCUACCUUCCACUACCAACCGGCGCACCGAUCUCGAUCUUCCACUCACAUAUAUAUAUGGCAACCCGAUGGCGCUCUCUCUAAGAAAACCCAUCAAAGCAUCGACCUUGGUGAGUCAGUACCGACAUUCUCAGCCCCAUUCAACGGUAAUACCCAACCUCAAUGGCCACUUCACCGCCACCCAGCUACGCGCUCUCGAUCAGGGACGAGGACAAGAACCGCAUCGCGGAGAGCAAGUGCGACUUCCUAAUGGUAGCUCUAUGCCCCUGUCUCGUAUGCUUCAUUCUCAUUCUCAUUGUAGUCUCUAUCAUUCUCAUUGUCAAGUUCCACUUCUUUUGCCACACCCCACUUCACUCUCUGAUCUACAAGAAAAAUUGCUAAUUCACAGCUCUAGAAAUGUUAAUCCUGGAAUUGCGUCAUUACCCACUGUUAAUUUACGAGGAAAAAUGCUAGAUUUGAGGCAUAGGGGUUUGCCGAGUACAAACUGUAGGGUCAUCAAUGUUAGACUUCCAGUGUUGCCCAUUGUUAAUUUGCCAGGAAAAGUGUUAGAUUUUGGUUAUAGGGGGUUUGCUCGUGUGACAGGCGGUGGCAUAGAUUCUGAUGCCGAAAAUAAUAGUGGGGAUGAUGGUAAUGGUGAUGGUGAUUGUACCGAAGGAGUUGGGGGUGAGUCGGGUGUGGACCCAAAUGAGGUCAAUCGGGUAUGCAAGGUGAUCGAUGAAUUGUUUGCACUGGAUAGGAACAUGGAGACGGUUCUAGAUGAAUGUGGGAUUGAUUUGUCGCAUGAUUUGGUUGUGGAUGUGUUGCAACGGUUCAAACACGCUCGAAAACCGGCAUUUCGGUUUUUCUGUUGGGCGGGGCAGAAGCCAGGGUUUGUCCAUGAUUCGAGGACAUAUAAUGUGAUGAUGAAUGUAUUAGGGAAGACGAGGCAGUUUGAGACCAUGGUGUCAAUGCUUGAAGAGAUGGGUGAGAAAGGGCUUUUGACAAUCGAGACUUUUAUGAUUGCAAUUAAAUCUUUUGCUGCUGCAAAGGAAAGGAAGAAAGCUGUUGGAACUUUUGAGCUGAUGAAGAAGUAUAAAUUUAAAGUGGGUGUCGAUACAAUUAAUUGCUUGCUUGAUACUCUUGGGAGGGCAAAGCUUGGUAAAGAAGCACAGACACUUUUUGAGAAGUUGAAAGGUAGGUUUACGCAUAAUUUGCAAACUUAUACAGUACUGCUUAAUGGUUGGUGCAGAGUAAAGAAUUUGAUGGAAGCAGGCAGGGUGUGGAAUGAGAUGAUUGAAAAGGGAUUCAAGCCUGAUAUAGUUGCACAUAAUAUUAUGCUUGAAGGGUUGCUGAGGUGUAAGAAGAGGUCUGACGCCAUCAAAUUGUUCGAAGUCAUGAAGGCCAAGGGUCCAUCAGCCAAUGCUAGGAGCUAUACCAUUUUGAUUCGGGAUUUAUGCAAGCAAACAAAGAUGGAAGAAGCGGUUGAAUAUUUUGAUGAAAUGAUUGAAUCUGGAUGCCAGCCAGAUGCUGUGGUUUACACAUGUUUGAUCACAGGGUUUGGGAACCAGAAGAAUAUGGACAUGGUAUUUGGAUUGCUUAAGGAGAUGAAAGAAAAGAGUUGUCCUCCUGAUGGACACACAUACAAUGCCUUGAUUAAAUUGAUGACGUGUCGACGAAUGCCAGAUAAUGCAGUGAGGAUAUAUAAGAAGAUGAUUGAGAGUGACAUCGAACCAUCAAUCCACACUUAUAACAUGAUAAUGAAAUCCUACUUCCAAACAAGAAACUACGAAAUGGGUCAUGCAGUUUGGGAUGAGAUGAUCCAGAAGGGGUGUUGCCCCGAUGAUAAUUCCUAUACGGUGUUCAUUAGAGGGCUCAUAAGUCAGGGAAGAUCGGGAGAUGCUUGUAAAUAUUUGGAGGAAAUGAUAGAGAAAGGAAUGAAAGCACCUCAGCUUGAUUACAACAGGUUUGCAGCUGAUUUCUCUAGAGCUGGGAAACCAGACAUACUUGAGGAGUUGGCUCGGAAGAUGAAGUUUGCGGGUAAGUUUGAAGAGUCCAAUGUCUUUGCCAGGUGGGCUGACAUGAUGAAGAAAAGGGUUAAGAGAAGAGAUCCUAUUAAAGCUAGUGAGCUGUACACCUAAGCUACCUACUCAGGGCCAAUGAUUCUGCGACCGUCUGACUGAAGUCCACACUUGACUGCCCAACUUUUGGUAUGAUUUGUAGUUUAUUAUUUGGGACUGGGCUUACCGGAGCAGUGUUGUAUAUUUUUGGAAGUUGUUAUAUUUUGUAUUUGUAAGUGUUUUUAUCAACCUGGUUCAAUUAAUUUUUUUAGUGA